GCUGCAGCAAAAAAACAGACAAAAGCACGCCAGUAAUCUUUGUGGGACACAUUUCAGCGGCGCAACCAUCCGUGCUUCUAUUUUACCUGCAAGCACCAGGGCGCAGGCCCGCAGAGCUCGCAGUCGUGACCUCUUCGAACUUCUGCAGACCUCAAACCCAUUCGUGCCGCCGCCCCGCAACAGCAUCAUGCAGCUCGUAGAACCGCUCCUCUUCGUCGCCUACUACUGGGUCUGCCUCUUUUGCACGGAGGAGAGGCUCUGGGCGAUCUUUGCGAAGCGGCCGCUCCACACGCUGCGGACCUCGUGGUUCGGUUCCAAGCAUUUCGUGGUCGCGUACGCCGUGGCGAUCCUGCUCUUCGGCGUGGCGCUGCCGCGGAGCUGCGAAGCUAUGCGUCGUGCCUGUUUUGCCGACAUGCAGUGCGCGCGGCGGCUGACGCGCGACGCCUACGGCUGGUACGACGCCGACGACAGCCAGUGGCGCGCGUACCGGGGGAGCUUCGUCACGCUGCUGCUCGCGGCGGCGGUCACGACGGCGCUCACGCGGCGGAUAAAGGCCGAGAAGCCGACGGCGCGCCUCGCGUGCGGCCUCGCGUUCGUGGCCGUCGCGCACGGCGGCGGCGCCGGCUGCGUCGUCGGCGUCUGCGGGCUGUUCCACGCCGCGUCGUUCCUGCCCCCCGCGCUCGCGGUGCCGGCCGCCUGGGCGCUGGCGCUCGCGUGCCUGCUGGCCAAGGACCCCGCGCUGCCCUACCGCCGGGCCCUGCCGGCGCCGUGCUGGCCCGUGCUCGGCGCCGGCAUGUACGCCUGGCCCGACGCGCUGCCUUUAUUGGUUCUGCGGCUCGUCUCGCACGUCGCCGACGCGGCGCGCGCGCGCAAGCAGGGGACUACUACGAGACCGGCCGGCUACGACCUGCAGGGUUGCCUCGCGCACGCGCUUUACGCCCCUUUGUACGUCGCGGGGCCCGUCGUCGCCUUCGACGCCUUUCGCAAUUCCAAAUCAAAGCCCAUAUCCGGCGGCGACGUCUCCUACGCGCUGCGCACGCUCAUCGUGGGCGGCUUCCUCGAAUUGGUGUUGAGACGGUGCCCGGCCUUCGCCCUGGGCGCGUCGGGCGCGUUCCGGCGGUUGGAAGCCGUCGACAUGGCGGCCUUCGCGUUCGUGACGAUCAACGUGCUCUGGCUCAAGUUCUGCUUCAUGUGGCGCGUCGCGCGGAGCUGGGCGCGCUUCGACGGCGUGGACCCGCCCGAGAACAUGGGCCGCUUCGUGUGCGACAACUUUGCGGCCGCGGGGUUCUGGCGGGGCUGGCACGGGUCCUUUAACCGGUGGCUCGUCGCGUAUGUGUACCGGCCCCUGCUCGGGGCGAAGGCGUCUUCCGUAAGACGGCUCGCAGCGACGGGCGUCGUGUUCGCGUUCGUCGCGCUGUGGCACGACGCGCGGCCCAAGCUGUUCGUCUGGGGCCUCGUCAAUUUUGUUCUGGUGGGCCUCGAGCGGGUCGUGGGUGUGGAAGCUCGCGCGAGGCGCGUCGUGGAGCGCGCGGGGCCGCCGGCGUGGGACACCGCGUGCGUCUGCGCGCUCGGCGCGGGCAACAUCGUCCUGUUGAUCGGCGGGAACGUCGUGGGCUACGCCGUCGGCGUCGGCGGCGCGACGACCCUGUUUUCGGGCGUCUUCGGGCCCGGGGCGGUGGGCGCCGCGGCCCUCGCGGCGUGGGUCGUCCUCGGGGCCGGCACGUUCGCGGCGCUCGCCGUGCGGCGCGUCGAGUUUUUUUCGUCGCGUGGUGAUAAUUAUAAUGUGAAAUCCUACUAG